AUGAACCAAAAUCAAAAUUCAAAUAGAGAUAAGAAGAAAUUGGAUUCAUCUUCAAGUAUUUCUGAUUCUUCAGCAACUAAUCCAAAACAGUUGUUAAACACAUACAUUUAUGAUUUCUUAGUCAAGAAUAAAUUACCUCAAACAGCUAAAACAUUUGUUAAUGAAGCAGAUAUUUCAUCACAAGAUGAAAAUAAUCAGAAUUCUGGUAAUUCUAAUCCAUCACCUACAUCACCAGGUUUUUUACAAUAUCAAAAAGAUAAUAAUUUACCUAUAGUUAAGGUGACAAUGGAUGCACCACAAAGUUUCUUAUUUGAAUGGUGGCAAGUAUUUUGGGAUGUUUUCCAAGCUAAAAACAACAACAAACAAUCAACUCAAGCUGCUAUGCAAUAUUAUCAAUUGCAACUCAUGAAACAACGUCAACAAUUAGAUGCUUCAACCAUGAAUAUGAUGAAUGUUGUUAAUUAUCAAGGUAAUGGUACAGGUACUGUUAACCCAAUGCAAUCUCAACAACAACGAUUGAUGAUGCAAUAUAUGAGACAACAGCAACAAAAUGGACAACCUCCACCACCAGGACCUCCUCAACAACCUUCAAAUCAACCAGCAAAUGGUCAAAAUCCAAAUGGUCAACAAAUGUAUAUGAUGCAGAAUCUCCCUCAAAAUGGUAUACAACAGCAUGCACAGAAUCAAAUGAACAAUUUGAGAUUACAAGCAGCUGCACAAAAGCAAAAUGAUGGUAAUUCUCCAAAUCCUAAUAUUAGACCACCAAAUAAUCAAAAUUUCCCUCCUCAAAAUGGACAACCAGGGAAUUUCCCUCCACCAAAUGGUCCAGUUAUGAGAACCACCAAAGAAAUUGAGGAUUCUAAUCAACCUGCUAAUCAUAGUAGAAAUGCUAAUGCUUUACAAGAUUAUCAAAUGCAAUUGAUGUUAUUAGAAAAGCAAAACAAAAAGAGAUUAGACAUUGCUAGAAAUAGUGGUAAUGAAGGUAAUAUGAUGACUUCAAUGAAUAACAAUAUGUUACCACCAAAUCAACAACAAUUACAACAAGCAUUAAAUAAUGGCAUGACAAGUAAUAUUAAUAAUUUACCGAUGAAUGGAUUACCUCCACAAAAUAUUAUUCCUAAUAAUAUUAACACUAAACCUUCACCAGCUACUGGUCCAUCACCUGUUAUUGGUAAUAAACCUUCACCUACCAACGCUAAUGGUAAAAAGAAGAAAGAACCAGCUAAAAGAGGUAGAAAACCUAGUGUGGCUAAUAAUGGUAAUAAUUCAAAUGUUGGUACACCAAUCAGUGCACCAACCCCAUCUCAUUUGAAGAAAGAAAUUUCAACUCCUUUAACUCCUACCUCCGAAACUCCUAAUGAAAAUGGGAAGAGAAAGAGGAAAAAUGAAUCACCUAAAAAGAAUGGCAAGUUCAAAAAGGAAAGUAUUAAGGAAGAAAAUGAAGAGAAAAAUGAAGAUAUUCAACCUGAAGAGUCUCAUAAUUAUCAAGAGAUUAAUAAUGAUCCAAUGUUUUCAAUGGAUGUGUUGGAGAGUAAUUCCAAUGAUAAUUUAUUCAAUCAAAAUGGUAUUGAUGAUAUUGAAUUUGAUUUCAAUAUGUUUUUGGACGGGAACGUUAAUGACGACAUCACCAAUUUCAAUUGGGGUGAUGGUAUUGAAGGGGAAUAG